UGUGCGCUCGCCAACAUACCAUAGAAGAAGAAGACUUCCGCGUUUCUGUUCAGCACACAGGCGUGGUAAAAAAAAUGGCAGAACAAAAUUCAGUGCCGAGUGAUCUUUACAAGCAUGUAUAUUCAUUUCUACUAGAGAACAAGUUUACCAAGGCUGCUCAACACUUCAUCAAACAAGCUAAAGUGCCACCCCAGAAUGAGAAACACGAUGCCGGUCUGCUUGACAUAUUCAACUUCUGGGUGAAGUCUCCUGAAUCUAAGAAACGGAAGGCGCUGCCCAACGGUCCUGGAACAAGUGACAGGCCGUCUGCUAAGAAGGCAAAGACUGCGGAGAGCUCCAGUGAGGAGUCGAGCAGUGAGGAGGAGGAAGCUGCGGCGCCUGCCAAGGCCACACCCACAGCUACGGCGGCCGAGUCCAGCAGCAGCGACGGGUCCAGCGACGAGGAGGCCGCAGCGAAGAAGCCUGCAGCAGCCAAAGCCCCAGUGAAGACCCCUGUCGCUGCAGCAGCCAAAGCCUCAGUGAAGACCCCUGUCGCUGCAGCAGCCAAAGCCCCAGUGAAGACCCCUGUCGCUGCAGCAGCCAGGAAAAAGGACUCCAGCUCGAGCAGUGAGUCAUCUGAAGAUGAGGCUCCAGCUAAAUCCCCUGUGGCUAAAGGAAAAGCUGCAGCCGCGACCCCUAAGGCAGGGACGACCGCCAAAGCAGCAGCUCAGAAGAAGGCUGAGACCAGCAGCAGUGAGGACAGCUCCAGUGAAGACGAAGCUCCCGCUAAGACCCCUCCGGCUAAGACCCCUGGUCCCGUCAAGACCCCUCCAGCUAAGACCCCUGCUAAGGCAGCCGAGUCUAGCAGCGAUGACUCUUCUUCAGAUGAAGAGGAGACUCCUCCCAGCAAGAAGGCCAAACCAGGUGAAUACAGUGCAGUUCCACCCCCUGGAGCUGCCGUAAAGAAGGCCUUGGCUCCUACAGUGGCCAGGAAGGCCAAAAAGGACCGCUCCUCAGACAGCAGGGAGGAGGAAGUGUCAGCAGUCCCUGUGAAGUCUACCCCAGCAAAGACUGUGACCCCUAAACCUGCUGCUGCUGCUAAGAAGGCCGAGUCCAGCUCUGAGAGCUCAGACUCUAGCUCUGAAGAUGAAGAAGCAAAAAAGGCCCCGGCUAAGGCUGCCCCGGCUAAGGCUGCCCCGGCUAAGGCUGCCCCGGCUAAGGCUGCCCCGGCUAAGGCUGCCCCGGCAGAAGAUUCUUCCUCGGACUCGAGCUCAGAGGAUGAAGAAGAGGUGACAGUGAAAGUGGCACCAGCUAAGGCGACUCCUACGGGGACCCCAGGCAAGGCUGCAGAAUCCUCCUCUGACUCAAGCUCAGAAGAUGAGAAAGAAGCUAAGAAGCCUGUUGCCAAGGCCACUCCUGCCAAGGCCACUCCUGCCAAGGCCACUCCUGCCAAGGCCGCCCCUGCUAAGAAAGCCGACUCGUCAAGCUCAGACUCUGACAGCAGCUCUGAGGACGAGGCCCCUGCCAAACCUGCCACAGCUACCAAGAAACCUGCCACAGCUACCAAGAAACCUGCCACAGCUACCAAGAAACCUGCAGCAGCUACCAAUAAACCUGCCACAGCUACCAAGAAACCUGCAGCGACCCCCAAGGUCCCAGCCAAGGCUGCUGCAGCUACCAAGAAACAUGCAGCGACCCCCAAGGUCCCAGCCAAGGCUGCUGCAGAAAGCAGCUCGGACUCCGACUCUUCAUCUGAAGAUGAGGCUCCAGCUAAGAAGGCUACCCCGGCCCCUGUUACUAAACCAGCCUCCAAACCAGCCUCCCCAGUUGUUAAACCAGCUGCUGCAGAAAGCAGCUCGGACUCCGACUCUUCUGAAGAUGAGGCUCCAGCUAAGAAGGCUACCCCGGCCCCUGUUUCUAAACCAGCCUCUAAACCAGCUUCCAAACCAGCCUCCAAACCAGCCUCCCCAGUUGUUAAACCAGCUGCUGCAGAAAGCAGCUCGGACUCCGACUCUUCAUCUGAAGAUGAGGCUCCAGCUAAGAAGGCUACCCCGGCCCCUGUUUCUAAACCAGCCUCUAAACCAGCUUCCAAACCAGCCUCCAACCCAGCCACCCCAGUUGUUAAACCAGCUGCUGCAGAAAGCAGCUCGGACUCCGACUCUUCUGAAGAUGAGGCUCCAGCUAAGAAGGCUACCCCGGCCCCUGUUUCUAAACCAGCCUCUAAACCAGCUUCCAAACCAGCCUCCCCAGUUGUUAAACCAGCUGCUGCAGAAAGCAGCUCGGACUCCGACUCUUCUGAAGAUGAGGCUCCAGCUAAGAAGGCUACCCCGGCCCCUGUUACUAAACCAGCCUCUAAACCAGCCUCUAAACCAGCCUCCAAACCAGCCACCCCCGUGGUGAACAAACUAGCCCCAACCAAGGCCGUAGCCGAGAGCAGCUCCGAUUCUGACAGCGACAGCUCGGAGGACGAGGUCGCUGCAGCCAAGAAGACCACCAAACCUACAGCCGCAGCCAAGACUCCUGCUUCAGCCAAGACUCCUGCUUCAGCCAAGACUCCUGCUUCAGCCAAGACUCCUGCUUCAGCCAAGACUCCUGCUUCAGCCAAGACUCCUGCUUCAGCCAAAGCUGCAGAGUCCAGCAGCAGUGAUGACAGCUCUAGUGAUGAGGAAGAGGCCUCGACUAAGAAGGCAGCUACCCCAGCCUCGACUAAGGCAGCUACCCCAGCCUCGACUAAGAAGGCAGCUACCCCAGCCUCGACUAAGAAGGCAGCUACCCCAGCCUCAACUAAGAAGGCAGCUACACCUAAAGCCUCCUCCACCCCUGCUGCCAAGGCAACAACACCGGCUAAGGCUGCCGAGUCGUCAUCGUCCCAGGACAGUAGCUCUGAGGAAGAGGAGGCGAAAGCACCGGCAGCAGUCACCACUCCCAUCACUAACGGCAAGAGAAAGGGGGAUGGAGAAGACUCGUCUUCUGAGAGGGAGGAGGAGGAGGAGGAGGAGGAGGAGGAAGUAACGACGCCUAAAAACCAGAAAGUAUUACCAGCACCACAGACUUACCCCAAAGUCUCUAAGAAGAUCAAUGUACCUUUCCGUAGAAUAGUAGAGGAGGAAAUUGAAGUGGACAACCGUCUGGCCGACAACUCCUUCGAUGCCAAGCGCGGGUCGGAUGGAGACUGGGGCCAGAGGGCCAAUGACGUGCUCCGCUUCACCAAGGGAAAGUCCUUCCGUCACGAGAAGACCAAGAAGAAGAGGGGAAGCUACCGCGGAGGAGCCAUCUCCCAGUCCGUCAACUCCAUCAGGUUCGACAGCGACUGAGAAACUAGUCAUCAUCAUCAUCAUCACCCCCCUCCGACCUGAUUGAGCCGAAACAUCAACUGAACUACCUACAGCUGUGUUGACAAGACGGCCACACUGACAGCUGGCUACCUAGUGAUUUUAGUUCAUAAGUCUGUUAAUCCUUUUUUUAACGGCUUUUUUAUGGGGUAGAAGACGACACAAGUGGUCCUGAAAGGGCACCUUAUUUGCUUUGUAGGGCUGUUGAUCUGGUCUAGAGCAGUGCACUACAUAGGUAGUAGUGUGCUAUUUAGGAUGCUGUCUCAUGGGUCAAGGCUGCAGGGGGAGUGGUCUGUCUCUGUGCUUUAAACGUUGUACAGAUUACUAAAGGGUUAAUGUCCUUAAGCUGCAUUUACAACAUAUAGCCACCGGGUGGCGGUAGUAAGCCACCAAUUCUGUUAAAUAUCCAUUUAAAAGUGUAAACGGUUCUCAAUUUUUUUUUUUUUUUGCUUUUUCUCUCAGCCAUUAAUCUGUUGCUUGUUGUAGUAUCGUCAGCGCGGUAUCUUCCCCCUUCUGUCCAGUGUCUCCUCAGUAUCAACAUUUUGAAAUGCUCUGUUCUUGUUGUUUUAUCGCGGUUUGGAGGAGGAGGGUUACUUGAUUUUUAAUGCAGACAAGGCCUUUUGAAUGAUGCCGUCCCCUACCAGAUCUCACAACACCUGGAUAAGUGUUAAACCACUGCCAUGUGAACGGUCUGGAACUUGUCCGUCCUUUAACAUCCUCUGCAGUCUCACGGAGACCCAUCACGGUUUAGAUAUGAAGGUUUUAUGUACGUAUUUCACUUGUUGUAAGCCGGAGAUCAUCCAACUGUUAUUACGAGCUCUAUAGUGUUGAAGGAACUCCCUGGGUCAUGUUCAGUAUACAAAACGUUUGGAAACAGGAGAACACACUUGUUGUACAAGUCCAUGCAGUACCUUUUUCACUCAGUUAUAAAACAUCCCCCCCCCCCCCCCUCUACUGAACAGGAUCUGGGUGUAUCUGAAAUGGUGCACUAUAUAGGGAAUAGGGUUCCAUAGGGCUCUGGUCUAAAGUAGUGCACUAUAUAGGGAAUAGGUUUCUAUAGGGCUCUGGUCUAAAGUAGUGCACUAUAGGGCUCGGGUCUAAAGUAGUGCACUAUAUAGGGAAUAGGGUUCCAUAGGGCUCUGGUCUAAAGUAGUGCACUAUGUAGGGAAUAGGGUGCCAUUUCGGGCGUCAUCCUGGGGUUAAUUUCUGCUGAUGUGAGACUGCCCCCUGUCGGUCUGGUAGACUGCCCCCUGUCGGUCUGGUAGACUGCCCCCUGUCGGUCUGGUAGACUGCCCCCUGUCGGUCUGGUAGACUGCCCCCUGUCGGUCUGGUAGACUGCCCCCUGUCGGUCUGGUAGACUGCCCCCUGUCGGUCUGGUAGACUGCCCCCUGUCGGUCUGGUAGACUGCCCCCUGUCGGUCUGGUAGACUGCCCCCUGUCGGUCUGGUAGGUGGUUCAUCAUUGGCAGCUGAGGUACUUCUCUUGGCCCAGCAGCUUGAUUGACAGCCGGAACAGCUAACCUCGAGGUUAUAAUUUUAUGAAUUUAAAUUUCCUGUUUCUACUCGAAUGUAACCCCUUUCUUAUUGAGUCUUGUUUAUUAUUGGAAUAAAAUACGUUUGUGUCCCAAUUUCCUUCCUCCCUGCACAUUUAGCAGUCAUUUCCUUUUGACUUGUGAAGUUGAGCAACUCUUUGGAGCUCAAUGAAAUUAAAUUAAAGGUUUGUUUAAAAAUACAACCAACAUAA